CCUCUGCUAACCUGUUACAUCUGAGCUUAAUUCAUUUUUUAGCAACAGGACAAUGGGAGAUUCUGAAGGAAGUAGUAAACCAUUAUUCAAGAAAAGAACUGUGUUUGCCAAAGCAAAUCGAAAACGACAGUCAAGCAGUGAUGAAGAUUCAGAUCCUGACAAAGCCUCUGUUGUUGUAAAAAAAUUCCGUAAAAAUGCUUACAAUGUGAAUACUCAAAGCACGAAAGUAGCAAGGAAAAAUGUACAGAUUGAAAACAGCUCUGAAGACUCGGAUGAUGAAUCUAAAAAGCUAUCUGUAUCCUAUAAAUCACGAAAAACAGCAGAAUCUGAAGCUCCAAGAGACAUGGGUGCCACUGCAACCCUUGAAAUUGAAACGGAGCAUGAUAGAGAUGCUCAAGCGAUUUAUGAGAAAUCUCUUGAAGUGAACAAAGAAUUGAAAGGCAAGGAAGAUGAUAAAAUUUACCGAGGUCUUGCAAACUACACGCAGUUUUAUGAAAAACGUGACACUGCCCAAGGUAACGCUGCAAGUGGAAUGGUCAGGAAAGGUCCAAUCAGAGCACCAGCUAACUUGAGAGCGACUGUAAGAUGGGAUUAUCAGCCUGAUAUAUGUAAAGAUUACAAAGAAACUGGAUUUUGUGGUUUUGGUGACAGUUGUAAAUUUUUACACGAUCGAACAGAUUAUAAGUUUGGUUGGCAGCUGGAGAGAGAGACUCAAGCAGGAGGCGGAAAUGAUGAAGAUGAUACAAAGUAUGAAAUUGACUCAGAUGAAGAUGACCACUUACCCUUUAAGUGCUUCAUUUGCCGCGAUUCAUUCAAAGAUCCUGUCGUUACGAAAUGUAAACACUAUUUCUGUGAAAAGUGUGCUUUGACAAAUUACAAAAAAUCUACUCGAUGCUACGUGUGUAAUACACCCACUGGUGGUUUUUUCAAUCCAGCUCACGAACUCAUUGCCAAAAUGAAUGCUGAACCAUCAGCUCCAUCAGUUUGCCCAAGCUCAAAUGAAGAUUCUGACUAAUUUAUUCGUCAUCUACCUGGAGUUGAGUGCAACAAAAGUCAACAGUUAGAAAAGAUUCAAGUCCUAAAAACGCAGCUACUCCUGAAACAAGAACUACUGCAGAAGUACUGGAAUAUGAGCUGUUUUGACUACCUCAAGGAGUGAUUAA